AUGAGGACACGACUCAACAGCCCCGACUUCUAUACCAUCGGGUGGAUUACUGCCCUCCCUAUCGAACGAGCCGCAGCGACCGCGUUGCUGCACGAUCGUCAUGACGCGCCCGAAGGCUUUGACCAGCAUCAAUCUGACACGAACUCCUAUACGUGGGGCCGGAUAGGCGAGCAUAACGUUGUGAUCGCGUCGCUCCCAGCAGGAGUCUACGGCAUCACAUCGGCAGCAACUACGGCGUCAAACUUGAUCCACUCAUUACCUCAUAUCCGGAUCGGGUUGCUGGUGGGCAUUGGAGGAGGUAUCGCUCGGCCUGAUGAAGGGCGGGACAUCCGGCUAGGUGACAUUGUUGUCAGUCAGCCUGACGGGACAACUGGAGGCGUGGUGCAGUUCGAUUUGGGAAAGGCGAAAGCGAAUGGUAGCUGGGAGCGGAAGGGCGCUCUUGACAAGCCUCCUUCGGUACUACUCCAUGCGCUGGCAAGCUUACAGGCAGAGCAUGAGAUCGAACCGUCUAAGGUGCCAGACCUGCUCCAGGUAAUGCUAGAGGCCAACCCUGGUAUGACACGUCCAAAGAGAGACUUCACUUAUCAGGGGGCUGAGAAUGAUCGCCUGUUUGAUUCGAAACACGACCACGUCGGUGGCAGUAACUGCGACAAGUGUGACUCUGCCUGGGAGGUGAAACGAGACCAGCGAGAAUCACCUGACCCAGAGAUUCACUACGGGAUCAUUGCCUCUGGGAAUAAACUGAUCAAGGAUGCAGCCACCCGGGAUAGUAUAUUAGAAGACACCGGGCAUCAGUGUCUGUGUGUGGAGAUGGAAGCUGCUGGCCUGAUGGAUCGAUUUCCGUGUCUUGUGAUACGUGGGGUCUGUGACUAUGUAGACUCGCAUAAGAACGAUCGGUGGCAGCGAUAUGCUGCUGCUACAGCGGCAGCGUUUGCAGUGGAGCUGCUCGAGUAUAUUCCGACUGUACAGCUGGAAGCGACACAGAAAGUUGUUGAAGCUAUUCAAACACUUGAUAGAAAAGUGGGCCAUUUAAAGAAUUAUAUGAACGACAUGAACAAUCGCAUCAUUCUCGAUCGUCUCCCGAAUGCCGAGGGUGCCUCAUUCGACUCUCAGGCGGAAGAGCAUAAUCCAACUUGUUUGCCCGGUACCCGAGUAGAGCUGCUCGAAGAGAUAGACCAGUGGAUUGAUAACCCCAAGUCAAAGACGAUCUUCUGGCUUAAUGGUAUGGCGGGGACUGGGAAGUCUACCAUCUCACGCACCGUUUCCCAAAGGCGGCAUAAGGAGCGCGACCUUGGCGCUAGUUUCUUCUUCAAGAGAGGAGAGAUGGAUCGAGGGAACUUGGCUAAAUUUGUGCCGACAGUGGUUCGCCGCCUUGCCGAAAAGAUACCCGAGGUUUCCAAUAGCCUAGCAAACGUCGAUUCGACGUUUUUUGACAAGGCUGUCCGACACCAGUUCGGGAACCUCAUUCACGACCCCUUGUCAAAGGCAGCAACGAUAGCGUCCCACCGGUCGUCGGUUGUUAUUAUUGUCGACGCGUUGGAUGAGUGUGAGAAAGAUGAAGAUAUCAAGCUUCUCCUCGAGCUUUUCUCUACCCUAAGGUCUGUAGGUUCUUUAUAUGUUCGAGUGUUUGUCACUAGUAGACCCGAACUUCCUGUACGUCUCGGUUUUUCCGCCAUCGGCGAUACCCAUCAAGACCUGAUAUUGCACAAAAUUUCACAAUCGAUUAUUGAGCACGACAUAUCUGUCUUUUUUCGGCAUGAGUUCGCCAACAUUCGCAACAUCUUCAAUAAUGAGGCAGCAGAAGAGCGGAACCUACCAGUGGAAUGGCCUGGGGAAGCCAGUCUCAAGAAGCUCACGACAGCAGCGGUGCCUUUGUUUAUUUUUGCCGCGACCCUCUGCCGAUUCGUCAACGACUCAUGUCUUGGAAGCCCCGAUGUGCUUCUACAGAGUGUACUGCACACUAGCAACGGAUACGCCUCCAAACUUGAUAUGACCUACUCGCCAGUUCUGAAGCAACAAGUCGUCGGUAGGUCAAAACGAGAGAAGCUCAACAUCAUCGAGAGCUUCCGUCUCAUUGUUGGUACCAUUGUUACUCUGGCAAGUCCCUUGUCAGCACAGGCUCUAGCGCUACUUCUCGAUGUAGACAUUGACGACGUGACGACUCGGUUAAAGAUGUUACAUUCUGUCCUGGAUGUUCCGAAAAGUCCUGACGCACUGGUGCGACUGUUCCAUUUAUCAUUUCGAGACUAUCUUAUUGAUCCCGAGAAUGAAGAGACGACAGAAUUCUGGGUGGACGAGAAAAUCGUUCACCAAAAGCUAGCGAAAGAAUGUUUGCGUAUCAUGCGCGAUAGUUUAAAAGAAAACAUAUGCGACCUUUCUUUCCCAGGAAUGCGUCAAUCCGCAGUGGAUCUUCAGCACCUGCAGAAAUGUGUGCCUUCACAACUCCAAUAUGCUUGCAUGCACUGGGCUUACCAUCAGGCCAAGUGUGACCCUAAGCCAGAUAAUGAAGAUGAAAACCGGAAAGAUUCGAGCCUGUUAAAUUUUAUGGCCGAUGCAGUUCGAUUUGUCCAGGCUUAUUCUACCGUGAUAGCUGAAGCACCGCUGCAGGUUUACUGUUGUCUGGCUUUUACACCAAGUGAGAGUAUCAUAAGAAGGACAUUCGAGAGCGUUAUUCCUAAAUGGAUAAGAAGUUUGCCGAAGGUUGAAGAAAACUGGGACGCAUGCUUGUUAACUCUGGAGGGCCAUAGCGACUGGGUCAUCUCGGUAGUGUUCUCGCAUGACUCGAAAAAGGUGGCAUCGGGCUCUUCUGACAAGACGAUACGGAUCUGGAACGCAGAGACGGGCGAGUGUGAGCGAGUGCUAGAGGGCCAUAGUGAGGAUAUCAGGUCGGUAGUGUUCUCGCAUGACUCGACAAAGGUAAUAUCGAGCUCGUAUGACAAGACAAUACGGAUCUGGAAUACCAAGACGGGCGAGUGUGAGCGAGUGCUAGAGGGUCAUAGUAGCCCAGUUCACUCGGUAGCGUUCUCGCACGACUCGAAAAAGGUGGCAUCGGCUUCUGAUGAUAAGACGAUAUGGAUCUGGAGUGCAGAGAUAGGCAAGCGCGAACGAGUGCUAGAGGGCCAUAGCAACUCGGUUAGGUCGGUGAUGUUCUUGCACGACUCGAAAAAGGUAGCAUCGGGCUCUAACGACAAGACGAUACGAAUCUGGAAUGCAGAGAUAGGCAAGUGUGAGCAAGUGUUACGGGGCCAUAGCGACUGGGUCAAGUCGAUAGUGGUCUCACACGACUCGAUAAAGGUGGCAUCGGCCUCUGAUGAUAAGACAGUAAGGAUAUGGGAUGCCGAGACGGGCAAGUGCGGGCGAGUACUAAAGGGCCAUAGUGAGGAUACUAGGUCGGUGGUGUUCUCGCAUGACUCGGCAAAGGUGGCAUCGAGCUCGUAUGAUAAGACGAUACGGAUCUGGAAUACAGAGACGGGCAAAUGCGAGCGAGUACUACAGGGUCAUAGUAGCCCAGUUAACUCGGUAGCGUUCUCGCAUGACUCAAAAAGGCUGGCAUCGGCUUCUGGGGAUAAGACGAUACAGGUCUGGAGUGCAGAGACAGGCGACUGCAAACGAGUGCUAGAGUGCCAUAGCAACUCGGUUAGGUCGGUGGUGUUCUCGCACGACUCGAAAAAGGUGGCAUCAGCCUCCGAUGAUAAGACAGUAAGGAUAUGGGAUGCAGACAUGGGUGAGUGCGAGCGAGUGCUAGAGGGCCAUAGCGACUUGGUCACAUCGGCAGUGUUCUCGCACGACUCGAAAAUGGUGGCAUCGACCUCUUAUGACAAGACGAUACGGAUCUGGAAUGCAGAGACGGGGAAGUGCGAAGACAUUGUUCUGUUGGAUAGUUAUGUAGAUGUUCUUUCUUUUACGCCUGAUGGGCGUGGCGUUGCCACAAAUCAUGGCAUAUUUCGUCUCACAGAUGGCCCAGAGUCUCGCGGAAGGUCUGCUAUGUCGGGGCAGUCUUCAGACGCCCCAAUGCUUGCCUGUACAGAUAGCACCUGGGUCAUGGCGGCGGGAAAAGACUUGCUCUGGCUGCCUCCUGAAUGCCGCAAUGGACAAGUAGCUGUUUCAGGAAGCACAGUUGUCAUAGGUUGCCGAUCAGGAAGAGUCGUGUUUUUGAGGAUUUCUAUGGCGAACGUGGAGCAGUGGAUGGAUAUAACUACUGAGAAGAUGAGGGUGCCCUAA